AUGAAAGCAAGCAGAUUAGUGGUUUUGGUAGUGUUAGCUUUGCUUUUGUUCACCCAAAUUGCAACAGAGGCCAGGUCACAUUCCCACCACAGAGGACAACAACAACAACUUAGAAGAAGAAGAAGCGGCGGCGGUGAAAGAACAUCUUCAAACUGCGACCCUUUGUUUCAGUUCCUGUUUGGAACCUGCGGUCAAUGGCCUUUCUCAACAUCUCCCUCUCCCGACAAUCCUUUUCUUCCUAGAAGGCCUCCCGCUCCUUUAAUAUCUCCACCGUUGCCUCCGCCUUUACCACCUCCUGCUCAACCAAUUGUUCAACCAUCCCCACCACCUGUUGUCUCUUCUCCUCCACCUUCAUCACCACCCCCCUCCCCUCCACCUUCAUCACCACCCCCCUCCCCUCCACCUCAAUCCCCACCACCACCACCUCCACCAUUAGUGCCUUCACCACCACCACCAUCAAUCCCACCACCACCGCUAGUUCUUUCACCUCCUCCGCCUGAUGUUAUUCCCUCUCCAGUAUUCCCAUGGCUAAGUCCUCCAGACACCCCAUCCCUUCCAGAUCUCUCACCACCACCAAACGUUUUCCUUCCACCACCAGAGGAAAUUACACCCCCACAACCUGAGUUGACACCAGCACCACCUCUAAUCCCUACAUUUUCUCCGCCGGCUGAUGAAUUUACACCAGUUCAGCCCAUAUUUGCUCCUCCAACCAACCCGAACUUACCACCAGGCGAUGAAUUUACACCAACAACGCCAUUUCUGCCCAUAUUCGCUCCUCCAACAGAUGAGUUUCAACCAGCACCGCCAUUUAUGCCUAUAGUAUUUCCACCGCCAGCACAAGAUCUGCCGCCUGAUGUGACUAUUCCAUCACCUCUAGUCCCAAUAUUUUCUUCACCACCUGACCCUCCACAACUUCCAUUGUUACCACCAGAACAGCCCUUUACAGAUGCACCACCCAUUGAGUCAACUGGUCCACCAAAUGUCUUUCUGCCACCACAGGUGGUUCCCACAAUCCCUGAGAUUCCUCAGCAGCCGCUUCCAUUUUCAUCGAUUCCAGCAGCACCAGAUACGGGUUUCGUUGAUCCAGUGCAGCCAAUGUUGUCGCCUCCACAAUCUUUCUUGCCACCGUUCCAGCUUCCCCCAUCGUUUGAUUCGCCACCUUUUAAAAAUUAA